AUGAACCCCAUUCUCCAUCCAUUAAUUGACAACGGCAUCACACCUGGCGACCCAAACUUUGCGGGCGGCAAUCUGUACUGCAAAUGCCCACAGAACAAGGUCACAGUCACUCUGAAAAGCAACGUGGCCCAUAACCAUGCAUGCGGGUGCUCCAAGUGCUGGAAGCCGACAGGGGCCCUCUUCUCGGUGGUUGGCGUCGUCCCCAGAGAGAAUCUUUCUGUGACCGCCAACGGGGACAAGCUCCAUGUCGUGGACAAGAAUGCUGUCAUCCAACGAAACGCCUGCCGGCAAUGCGGUGUCCAUAUGUUCGGCCGCAUCGAGACCGAACACCCCUUCAAGGGCCUUGAUUUUGUUCAUGUGGAAUUGUCCGACACGCGAGGCUGGCAGGAGCCCCAGUUUGCCGGCUUCGUUUCGUCGAUCAUCGAACAGGGGUUCGACCCAAGCAAGAUGGAGACAGUUCGGUCGAGGUUCAAGGCCGUGGGCUUGGAAACAUACGAUUCGCUCUCGCCACCUUUGAUGGACACGAUUGCUGCAUAUACUGCGAGGAAAAAUGGAAAGCUCUCUGCACGUCUAUAG